AUGUCUGCUUUUGUCAUACCAUCUGUCCCAAUAUCACAUCUUACUAAAAUGCAAAUGCAACGUACUACACAAUACAAUUAUAGUAAUAGUAAUAAUAGUAGUAAUAGUAGUUGUAGUAGUAGUAAUAAUACGACAGGAUAUUCAAUAUCAUCACCAGUUUAUACGGUUUCGAAUAGUUUUAUAUCCGGUAAUAAUGGUACGCCACAUUUUCAAUCUUCACCACGUGCAUCCAUUAUGAAUCCUAUUCAAACUGAUCAAGCAUUAUUUGUUAAAGAUGAAACAUUUGAUAAUCAAAUAUCAUUGCAACCAUCUUUAAUAGCAACAACUUCAUCAACUCAUCAUCCAUUAACGCCAUCAUCCACUCCAACAACACAACGACGAAAUCGUCGAAUUUCCAAUUUAUUUCAACGACCUAAAGAUCAUGGACAUGAUGAUAAGUCGCAUCGAUCAGCAGCUGAGAUCAGUAUGGGUAUGGGUCGGGCUAUACCUGUGAAACAAGGUCAUUUAUAUAAAAGGAGUAGUAAGACAUUGAAUAAGGAAUGGAAAAAGAAAUAUGUUUGUCUUCAUUCCAAUGGUCGUCUUUCUUAUCAUCAAACUUUAAAAGAUUAUAUGGAAAAAGAUACAAAUGGAAAGGAAGUAUUUUUGGGAUUAGCAACGGUACGCAUUGCUGGACGUCAAAGGCCACGAAAUACACAACGUAUCCAUACGCAAAUGAUUCCAGAAUCUAAUCGAGAUUAUCAAUUUGUUAAGGAUGUCAGUUGCAAAAAAGAAUCGCACGAUUUAAAUGUAAUGCGACAUACAGUUGGUGUUGCAAGUACAAGCGAUAUAAGUAUUUCUACGGGUCAGGAUAACAAAGCAUUCGCUGAUGAACAGUGCAUGAAUGGUGAAGGAACAUCCGGUGGUAGUGAUGAUCAGCAACAAAAUGUACAACCUUUGAUUACAAGUGCAAGCAGUUCAGUUGUAACUACCCCAGCUUCUGUUACUACUAGUGCUAGUAAGAAAAAGAAAGGUCAUCGCCGGCUUGGAUCGGCUGCAAAAAAUGAUGAAGAAGAUGAUUGUGAAUUUGAAAUUAUUACAUGUGAUCAAAAACGUUGGGAAUUUUCGGCCACCUCAGUUGAGGAACGUGAUGAAUGGGUUGCUGCCAUUGAAGAAUUAAUUGAGAAAUCGUUGCAAGCUCAAAUGAGUCAGAAGCAACAAGAUAGUAGUCGUGGCCAUGGAAACAAAACUGAAGUGCAAGCUUUGCGGCUAAUACCAGGUAAUGAUAGUUGUGCCGAUUGUGAUACACCAAAGCCAGACUGGGCUUCGCUUAAUUUGGGAACAUUAAUUUGCAUUGAAUGCUCAGGAAUUCAUCGAAAUCUUGGCUCACAUAUUUCAAAAGUCCGUUCACUUGAUCUGGAUGAUUGGCCAAUGGAGUAUUUAAACGUCAUGGAAGCGAUUGGUAAUAAAAAAGCAAAUGCUGUUUGGGAAUAUAACGCUCCAGCAGGUAGAAAACCACAGGCAACCGCAUCACGGGAAGAAAAAGAGAAAUGGAUUAAGGUGAAAUAUGAAGGGAAACGUUUCCUUCCACUCAUCACAACUGAUAUACCGCUUGGCCGACAACUACUUGAUGCUGUUUUCAAUAAUGAUCUCAGUGCACUUUUACCAAUUUUACCACGUUGUAGUACUUCUGAUCUUCGAACAACGGUUGACACGACUGAUAGGCGUACUGCUUUGCAUAUCGCUUGUUCGAAUGCAUCUGCGGCUUGCACUCAACUUCUUGUUUGGUAUAACGCGGAUCUUCGUAUGUUAGACGAAAUGGGUCGUUCGGCAUUAUGGCAUGCACAGACAUCCGGUGCACUAGACUGUGCAGCAAUAUUGUUGAAAGCAGGUUUGGAUCCCAAACAUGGGAUUCCGGAUGGACCAGAAAUGAUCACUGGUUCGCUAUCAUCACGUGAAUUCUGCUACACGACUGAUAAAUUGUUAGCAAAUGAUUCCAAAUUGCAACGUCAAUCAGAUGUUGUGAUCCGACGAAUAUCACCAGGACAACAGCUAAGUGGAACGCCAUCAGGCAUAAAUGGUUUUCAUCGACGGAAUUCAGAUGCUUUCGAACGUUUACCUGCUAGUGUCAUAUAAAACAGCAAUUUUUCUUCGCAGUAUGUGUUCUUUUGUAUAUUCUAUUGAUUUAUUCGUUAUCGUGAAGUGUGAAGUCAGGGUUUCUCGUCCAAUAUUGUAUUCCCUAAUAUUUUAUUUUGAUGAUUUUCCAGAAUUUAAUUCAGUUUAUAUCAUUUCAAGUUAGUCCAGUUUUCCCAAUUUUGCUGCCGUUAAUUCCUUGAUGUAAAAACAAUUUUACUUUCAUGUAUGGUUUUUGCCUAAUACAUGCAGUGUUUCUGAAAUUCUUUUUCUUUUCCG